AUGCUUAACAUGAAUGGUUUGAACUGCGAAAACUACUCUCUUUAUGCGAAGGUGGCUGAAGUACUGGACACCCUUCUUUUUAUGCACAGCAACCCUUCAAGGAAAGACCAGUUUGUUACUGUGGUUGAAUUCAGGCAAGUUUGUGAUAAGCGUUUUCUUGGAGCUGCAAAGAUAUGGAUGAAGGACUGUAUAAAGUAUUGUAUUUGUUGUGUGGAGGGGUUUGUUGACUUUGUUCUUUCAUGUAAGUUGGGGGUGAAAGUGCCAUGUGGUGAGCUCAGAGGAAAGUUCCUCUCUUUUCCUACUUGUUUGUCCAAUCAAAACCCCUCUAUAUCUGACUAUAAAGACUUUCUCUCUCCAAUCCAUGACAUUGAAAAACAGCAGUUGAGGAACCAUCACAUGUCUUCUCCUAUGCGUAUCCUGAAAAACCCAAUACCAUGGAUUGCUGUUCUUGUUCCCAUUUGGUUAUGUGCUGGUUUUUCAGGUCAUUGGUCUUUCUCUCUCCUCAUCACAGUAGUUAUGAUUUUAUCUACUGUUUUCUUCACAUUCUCAAAGCAUAAACAAGUCCUUGUGAGCAAACCAGUGCAAGAUGAAACUCUCAGCUCUGAAAAGGCAUUUACACGUCAUGCGGAAGAAGAAGUAUCAAAACAAGAGCCUGAUCAAAGUGAGACUAUUAUGGAGACUAAGGAAGCCCAAGAAAAUGAAGAUGUUCAUGUUCAUAAUAACUAUUUGGUUAGAUCACCGGAAUUAUAUUCAGAAAGUGAAACCAUUGGUCACUCAAGUGAAGAUUCAGAUGUUGACUGGCCUUAUUCAGGCAAUCUCGGUCCGAGCCCCGACUGCUCCAACGGUUCGAUUUCCGACGAGGAAAGCCUGAUCGAAAUUGCUCUUCCAAGUGGGCACUACGUUAGUCCAAAAGAAGAAGAACCCAAAUUUAAUUUGCUGCAAAAGUUGCCAGAUUUCUCAUCGGAUACCAUUUUCCAGCAAGAUGGACUAGUGGAGCUUUUAGCAGAGAUCAAUGAGGAAGAAAAUCUGAUAGAGAUUGACAUAUCAAUGGGCUCCAUCAAGUGCUCAAGGCUUGAGAUUGAAGCAUGA